GGCCCUUAACACUUAACUGUUAUUUUGCUCGUAUUUUUAUAGUGUCCCCCUCAGAUACUUAGCGGGACUAAUUUUCCUAAUGCGGUAAAUACAAACAGGAUGUUGCGAAAUUAUAUUGUCGGUUGGCGGACCUUUACUGUUAUAAUCUAAUCUCUCCAACCAUUCAGAAAUCACUAUAAAUACUGGAGAGUUUAUUCGAUUAAGUUUAAGUUAAAUUCAUAUUCUUUUUCUUUUCUAUCUAUAUUCAUUGAAUAGUCAAUAGUCUUUCAUAUACCAAUCAACAAAUAAAUUUUCUCAAGAUGCCUAUGUUAUAUAAACCUGCUGCUGAAGGUAAAGAAGUUAAACCACCUGCCAUUCCAUCUCCAGGUAAGAACUCUUUCUUAGGUGAUAUUUUCACUUCUGAUGCUCCAAAAGAAGAACAAAUGUCAUGUGGUUUCUAUAAACAAGAAAAAGGUGAACCUCUUGUUUAUACUUAUACCUAUGAUGAAAUGAAAAUCAUUUUAGAAGUUGAAGGUGAAUACUGGAUCUCUGAUGAAACUGGUUACAAAGUUGCUGUUGCUCCAGGUGAUGUCUUAUACUUUAAAAAAGGUACUACUAUUACUUUUGAAACUACUGGUUAUGGUUAUGCCUUCUUCACUGGUUUAAGACCAAAUGGUACUGCUUAGGUUUGUCAAUUGGAUUUUAUAAUAUAUAUAUAUAGAUUUUAGUUGAAGUCAACCCUAGUUUAAUGUAGACCAUUAAUAGAAGAUUUCUUACCUUUUUUAAAAUUGGUGUAACAUUGUAAAAUAAUUUGUAUUCAUGAUUGAUUAUACCAAAUUUUUCACUACCCUGAAGUAUCACUAUCCCUUAUUUUUUUUCCAGGAUUUUCUCAUCAGGUAAUACCACAUGUGGAUAAUCUCUAAAGAUAACGUGAAAU